CGCGGAUCAAUAGGUGAGACUGGCUGCCGCACUCCUCCAGGUAUGAGAGAUACGAAGGACUUCAUCGGAUCCACUCCAAAGCCGUGCGCCUCUUGACGCACGCGAGAUCCGUGACAUUACGCGGAGAGCACCUCGCAAAAGGGUUUAAUACAGCGAGGACGGUUCUUUCGCAAACAGCAUGAAGCUGGAGGUGUUGUGUGGGAGCCACUACGCCAUGAAGCAUCCCCAGAUGUCCGGUGAUGCGCAGGGGAGUGCGCGCUCCCCUCUUUCCGCUGAGGAGGAGCUGGGCUCGGACGGGGACUGCGUGACUCGCAGCCCUCCACCUGUUACACCGUGCGCCAUUGCCAAGUCCAAGCCGUACGCACGGAGACCCAAACCGCCGUUUUCCUACAUCGCUCUCAUUGCCAUGGCCAUCCGGGACUCUUCGGCCGGACGUUUGACUUUGGCGGGAAUAAACGACUACCUGAUGAAGAGGUUUCCGUUCUUCCGUGGCAGCUACACCGGCUGGAGGAACUCGGUUCGGCACAACUUGUCGCUGAACGACUGCUUCAUCAAAGUGCUGCGGGACGCGUCCAGGCCUUGGGGGAAGGACAAUUACUGGAUGCUCAAUCCCCAGAGCGAAUACACGUUCGCCGACGGGGUGUUCGGGCGCCGGAGGAAACGCAUCGGUAAAAAGUUCCCAACCAGGGAGCCAAAGGUGUCAGAGGUCACCGAGGAGCCGCGGGGCGUUCGCCAGUCCGCGUCCGCCCCCAAAACGGAUUCGCGCGUCAAGUUCACUAGCUCCUUUGCGAUAGACAGCAUCCUCAGCGAGCCGUUCAAGAGGGACUCAAACGAGGUGCGUCUACCUGUGCAGCCCGCCAUCACCUGGCCGACCUACAGCGACCUGAUGAUGCCUCUUUCAAAUACGCCCGCUGCCUCAUUUCCGUAUUUUAAGCCAGCCUGUUAUGUGGACUCAUUUUCUGCGCAUGCGUCAAACAUCUAUUUAAUUUGAUGCUUCGAGUAAUCAGUGUGCACGUGAGAUGGACACUCGGGAGAAUUGGAAACUGAUUGGACUGUAUUGUGCUAGCAAUGUGUUACUCUUAUUUUUGUACAUUCUAAUUAUCAGAUUUGAUUUUUGAUACGUACUAUUUGUGGAGAAUGUUACUGGACUGACCAUUCAUGUUGAUAAGAAAACGUGCACUUUGACUGUCAUUAAAUAACAAAUAAAUUUAAAAAACUGA